GUAAUAGUUAAAAGCCCAUUCAACUUUUGAUAGAGAGAGCAAGUUCUGAUGACAAUGGACGACACCAGUAAACGCAUCAGCUCGCCCUCGUGUAUAACUCAUGUUUCACAGAAGCAAGAUUUGUUUCUUAUUAAAUUUGAUGAAGGCGACCCACGCGACCCAAAAAACUUCUCUUAUGCACGGAAGUGGGCCAUUACGCUGAUGUGUUGUGCAUUCGCUGGAAUCACAGGGGCCGCAUCAUCAUCAUAUUCGAUGAGCUAUGAGUCGAUGAUGCAGGACCUAAAUUGUACUCGACUUCAGGCGACUUUGGGACUGAGCUUGUACGCAAUAGGUUUUGGGAUUGUCCCGUUGAUUUCUUCCUCGUUCGCCGAGGAGUGUGGCAGACGGCCCGUUUACAUCAUGUCAUCUGUUUUAUUUAUGCUCGCUGAAGUUACGAAUGCAUUGGCACCAAAUAUACAAACCGUGGUUGUGUCGCGUGCACUACAAGGAGUAUUUGGCUCAACUGGCGCGUCCUUGAUCGGAGGUAGCAUCGCUGAUAUAUGGCAACCACAUGAACGUGGAAUACCGAUGUCUCUGUUUGCAUUCUCAUCGAUAUUCUCUUUCGGCCUCGGGUCAGCGUUUGGGGGGCUCAUUGCUUCCAGUCCAGACCUCGGAUGGCGGUGGGUGCAAUGGGUGCAUGUUAUGUUCACGGGGGCGUUUGCACUCGGCGUCAUCUUGGCGAUGGAUGAAACCCGUCCAACCAUUGUUCUUACCCGCAUCGCGAAGGACACCAGAAAGAUGACCGGUGACCCCAGGUAUCGAUCCAGCGCUGAAAUUGACAAACCAAGCAUGGCAUCUCUGAUUAAGACGUCAUGUACACGGCCAUUGUAUCUACUUUCGACUGAACCUAUUGUGCAGAGUUUUAGUCUCUGGGUCGGCUUCGUUUGGGGGGUCGUGUACUGCUUGUUCGAAUCCGUCACCCCGGAGUUCCAAUCCGUCUACAACUUCAGCGUGGGCAAGACAGGACUCGUACUCCUGUGUCAAAGUGUCGGAGCUAUCAUAGGUUUUACGGUGAAUAUGUAUCAGGAAACCUUGUACCAAAAACACUUUGCGACAAAAGGCCAAGAAGCACGAUUAUACAUGCCAUGCGUCGCUGCUCUUGUCCUGCCCGUUUCAAUGUUCAUCUACGCGUGGACAGCAUCACCUAACAUUCCAUGGAUAGUCCCUCUGAUUGGACUGACUGCUUUCAUGUCUGGCACCUUCAUAAUAUACCAAGUUUCAUUUUUGUACCUCGCAGACUGCUACGGUCCAUAUGCCUCCUCGGCCCAAGCAGGGCAGAGCUUAGCUCGAAAUUUAAUGGGGUUGGUCGUCCCGCUCUUCACACAGCAAAUGUUCGCUGGUAUGACAUAUAAGUGGGGACUGACGCUCUGGGCGCUGCUUUCCGUGGUGAUGGCACCAACUCCAUGGGUCCUUUUCUUCUAUGGUUCAAAGAUCCGCGCUCGUAGUAAGGUCUCUCGCAAGAUUCUUGAGGCUGAAGCACAGAUCUCGGAUGGCGACACAACUGUUGCUUCCAGUCCUACGGAGGAAAAAAGUAUGCAAGUGUAACGAAUUCUUGCUCGGCAUAUCAACACGGCUGUAAUGAUUCUUCAUGUGAACGUCACGACUUAGCUCCUGAUAGAUAAAUGUAGAUAUAUGCACACAGAUGACUGUACCAUAUCUUCAAUAGAC